AGCCGUGUCCCGAGCCGUGUAUCCUUCAGCCCCGUCAUGCCAUGCCCAUGGCGCGCUUUUGGUGCGGCUUAGCCACGAACUUGGCGCCCGCAAAGGGAACCACAGAUCAUAGGCGAAGAUGGAGGGGGAUGAAAGCACCCCUGAUGCCUCAUUGUCAGAGAACGAUGUGGCGCAGGCCAUGCAGACGCACGCGGGGGUCUUCACGCGGCAAAUGCUGCAGAAAGGCCGCGAGGCCCGGUUCUUCGCUUCGGACGUGGAGACACCCUCGGGCUCCUCGCCACGGAAGCGGCGGUUCUACAUGAUGACAACCGACCACAACGGCCACGAGAAGGCGCUGGACGGAGCCUGGGUCGACAAGCUGCAGGACCUGCUGGAUGAGGCUGCCAGGGCCUACGGCGCGCGGAGCGAGUUGCAGGAUGAAGUGAUGGAUCAGGAGCAGAACGAGAUGCGAACGCAGAUUGGCAGCUUUUUCUCCCACUUUUUCAAUAACGGCAGCGAGGGCAUCGACACGGUCAUGGGCCAGCUGGUGCAGGUUUGGAAAUGCCUCAACUCGCCGGACAAGAAUGAAGGUUUUGAGGCAGGUGAACACUUUGCGGGAUCACUGGCCGCGGUCCUCGAGUCGCUGCAGGAGGCUCGUGACAAGGGUUGCGCCAACGCUGAGAAGGUCAUGCACCAGUGGUUCGCAUAUUUGACGAAGGAGGUGUUCAAGGUAGAGAGGUUUGGUGAGCAUCAGAAGAUCACCACUUUGGCCCAGCUGAAGCAUCGUUUGAAAUUACAUCACACCUAUGAAGAGCUGAACGAUCGCUGUCUGCGCAUGGACACGCUGAAUGCCGGCCUGGAGGAAGCUGUCCAGAGCAAGGCAACGCUGCAGGCGGCCGUGGAUCACGCCGAGCUGCUGCUGAACAAGCAGGUAGAGGCGGAGUUCCAGAAGUCCUUCCAGAAGGAGACGAAGACUUUGCUGCUGCAAGCAGCCAAGGCGCGGGCGGAGGUGGUGGGCCAAGUGGAGAACGCAGGGCGGCACCGCGCCGUGCUGCGGGCGGAGCUGCUGAUGCACGCCACGGAGCUGGUGGAGAAGCUGCGGCAGUGGCACCCCAAGAUCUGCAAGCGCUACCAGGACGCCAUCAGCGCUCUGAAGACCAGCAAAAGACAAACGGAGGACCGUAAAAAAGCCGCGGAGGAGACGCUGGCCGAGCUGAGAGCGAAAUUGGAGCAUACACGGAACUCUCUGGAGAUCGUGUCGAAGCCAUAUGGCGGCCCACAGAUUGAGCUGGAUGAAUCCACGUUGCACGUGAAGCAGCUGCUUACCAAAGAUGCCCUGGUCUCGCGGCUUUUUGCCGCUGUCGCGGAGAGUGAAGAGCCCCUCGUUCCUUCCACUAUCCUGGAGGCAGUUGACAAUUUGGUUUCGCGUGACCCUUUCCAGAAGCUCCGGGAGAUGGUCAAGGUUCUGACGCUCAAGGAUACUGGGAAUGAUCCCCAGGUGCCUUCCAAAUGGGCGCGGCUCCUGGACUUUGCAGCGGUGCAGCAUCGGCUUGAGCAGACCGGCGUGGCAGCAUCAGAGCUGCUGCCAUUUCUCACGGCACAGCCAAAGGGGGCCUCUUUGCUCAUGCGCGGACCGGACGCAGCCGGGGUCAUGGAGGUGCUACAGGAACUGCGCGAAGUUUUAGUGGACUGUAGCAUGGGGCAGACGGCAGGGGCCGCGAAUCUGUUGCGAAAGGCAGAGCCUGUGCUAAAGCUGCUGGCGACUGCAAACUCCACCGGGGAGCGCUUGCGCCAAGGAUGCGUUGCCGCUGAGGCGGCUUUGCUGCUUGCCCUUUCGAAUCUCAGUGCUAUGGCUCGAGUGCAGCGCGGAUGUCAGUUGUUUGCCACCAUCCUCAGCCUGCGCGCCUUACAACUGCGCAAGCAUGCAUUGAACCGGAUCCUCAACGAGCCAAUGCCUACACAAUCGGACAAACUCCGCGAGCAGGCGCUGAGCCUUCACGCGUCCAACCUGGCGAUCGGAGGAGGGAUGCAGGUCCUGCAGGCAAAAGCAGAGGCCAUGAGGAACGAUGCCGCGGCGAUGCUGACGCGUUACAGUCGUGAUGUUGAGGAGAUCCUGGAUGUGGCACACCAACUCGCGAACAGCCGCGGCUCCGCCUUCAAGCCGGCGAGCCGAGAGGCAAGCCGAGAGGGCGGGGCCAAGGACAUGUGCAGCAAGUUCGCUGACUUGCCGGCAUAUCUGGCAUGCAAUCAGGGCCAGAAUGGCUGGGAAGGUGUAAGCGGCGUGCUUGAUGUUCUGAAGUAUCAGAAGCUCAUGCUCAAGAUUCACCUGUCUACUCGCAAGUGGUUGCGAGCAGCCUUAAUGCCAAAUCUGAAAGAGGCUGACCUGGCAAAAGCGCAGCAGGUUGUCAAGGCCCUUCAAGGUUUCCGGCGCAGACAGCUGACAUCUCAGUCGAGCAAGGAGGAAAGCGAAGAGGGUGAGGGCAAGGAAGGAGAGGGCCAAGAAGGCCAAGAGGGCCAAGCGGGCCAAGCGGGACAAGAGGGCCAAGAGGGCCAAGAAGGGGAAGUAUCUGAAGAGAGCCCCCCACCCCAACCCGAGAAGCGGUUGACGAGUCCCACGGGGCUCUCUGUGCAUUUGCAUUCGGCGAAGACGGAGCUCCCGCGACAGCUCCGCCCACGCCUUGCGCGAAGUGCCUCCGAUCUGUUGAACGACAGGCUUGCCAAAGAAGUCUUGGCUCAGCUGGCCAAGCGGUUCAAGGCUGCAGAAGAGAAGUAUCGCAGAGAGGCCCGGAAGAGAUCUCCGUCAAGAGCAUCAAGCCGAGAGAGUUCUUCGAGAGCCAGCAGCGACGUCAGUGAAGGGAGCGAGGUGAGUGAAAGGAGACCGACCAGCAAUGCAAGUGAAGCCCACAGUGAAGCCAGUGGGGACGUCAGACCCAUGGACAGCACCUCGAGCGAAGAGCUGCCUCCGCAGAAAAUCGAACCAGAAGUGCCCCCAGAAGUCAAAGCAAUGCGCUCGCAGGCAACAUUUCUCAACUGGUCCAGAACCCGCAGCAAAUCGCAAGAGAAAAGGGACAGACACCAACUACGGCGAGGUCUAAGGCUUGCAAAGGCACCACGUGGCAGUGGUGCGGCAUUACCACCCGACGAGCCGUCGGAACGGGUGUACACUGACCUUGUAGGUCGUCCCGGUGGUGCCACCUCACGGCCUGCCACAGCACCAGGCGUGCGACCGCCGAGAGCAGCUGGUCGCGCGGACACCUCUGACCCGCAGGACCGUUGCCUGCGCCCCGAGCUGCUGCAGCCAUUCGGCAUUUCGGACCGGCGCGCGGCCAGUCGCUCUGCCAGCCCCGAGCACCUGAAGCUGGCAAAGCCGAAGUCCAGAGCAUCUGUACCGAGAGUUUUGGGUGCCCUCGGGCUGUCCAGCACCACUCUGGUUUCGGUUGGCCGGAGUCCAGGCAGGGUCCCCACCGCCGCUGACCAUUUAGAAUCCUCAGAGCCGGAGGAGGACGAGGAGGAGGAGGAAGUGCCUCUCGCCCCUCUUGCCGCAGAUGUCCAACACGAGGAGGGAGAAGAGCCCGCUCCUGUGAAAUCCUCUUCUUCCCGGGUCCUGGUUGAGGACCAACAGGAGCUGCAACAGGCGCUGGCUGCAAUGAAUGGCAGAUGGGGCAAAGGAAGAGUCUCCACUGUAGAUCCUAUCCCAGACCCGGAAGGUCCUGAGUGGCAUCCUACGGAGGAACUUUCAAUCAUUGGACUGCAGCGUUCGCCCAGUGAAACAUCACCGAAAUCCCCAUCUUCAAUCAGAGGUGUGUCCACCGACGGACACAGCCGUUCGAUGCACAGCUCCCGGAAGUUCGCAGAGGCCUUGCCCCCCAAAGACGCUCACGACCACGUUGAGAUGAGCCUGGACCCGUCCGACUGGAAGAGGCCAUCCGUUGCAAAGCUGCUGGCGGAGAAGGCCCCGUGCACCGGACGUGCGUUUCCUUCCACGGCCGCCGACUUUCAGUGCUCGGGUCCGCCCGGCACUGCGCGGCGGAUGAAGCUUCAUGACAGGCCCUCAUCUCCACGCAAGAAUUCCAAGAAAGGCACUCAGGACGAUGGCGACCACCUCGAUGCGGAGAAGCAUACAUUGAGAUACCAGGCUAUUGAGGUAUCCAAGGGUUUGGAAGGGGAUCUCAAGACAGGACAGUUGCGACAUAUUCUGGGCCUAAGCAGCGAUUGGAGACCGCUUCACUUGGCAGGGCCAGAGCAUCCACAGGAUUCCCGAGAUGACAGCCCUUGCUCAAAUCGCUCGGGCGAGGCGUCGCCGACUUGCGAGCUGUAUUUGAGGGGAGCGACGAUGGGUCGUGGGAGCCUAAACUCAUUUCGGACAGAUGGUUCAGCCGUGCGCGCGCCCAGCCCACGCAGCUCAGCUUCAGAGGAUACGGAAGAGCCCGCAGAGCCCGCAAAGCCCGCAGGCCGAGAUGGCGGAGAUGGCGGAGGUGGCGGAGAUGGCGGAGAUGGCGGAGAUGGCGGAGAUGGCGGAGGUGGCGGAGAUGGCGAGGCAUCUCCAGCGCCGGUUUCGGCUUCGGAUGCGGCUCCGACGCGGCGCCUGGUGGAGGAGCCGCCCAUCCCGAUUGGGCCCGUGCGCCGGGGCCUGCCGAUGACUCGGCGGGGUGUGGUGCAGCUGCUGUCCCAGCAUCAGGUGGUGCCAGCCAGCGAGUUGGGCUUGGCUGGAGCGUCCCUCAAAAAACGCCCACGGACACGGGGAGUCCACGCCGAGGAGGAGGAGCCCCAGCCGCAGCCAGCGCCACCCGCUGGAGUGUUCGAUUGGGCGGAAGCGCUAGGAGUGUCAGCUGAUGCCUCUGUCGACGAGAUCCUGCGAGCUGCAUCCUCCAAGAGAAAGACCUUGAGGCAGGCUGUCACCACACUGGAAUCGCCGGAGGAGGUACUACAAGAUGACCCUGAAUAUCCAGAGGCAUUGCCUGAAAGCAGCGGUGAGCUGCCGGAUGAAGCAGAAGCAGAAGCCUCAUUGGACGAUUUAGGGAUGCCGCUGGAAGAAGAGGAGACAAGGCCCGCCAGAAAUGUGACGCGCGAGAUUUCUUAUGCCGAGGGUUCUCUUGCAGGAUGGUAUCGGCAGGUGAGUGAUGAGACGGAAAUCCAAGAGGAGCCAGAAAUCCAAAGGGGUCACAGCUUCCAACCGUCAGGCACGAAGGUUCGUCCUCGGUCGGCCGCGAUGCUCUACAUUCAGAACUUGGAACUUGUAAACGGGAAAGAGGAGACACCGCAGCCUAGCGUGCAGGAGUGUCCCAUGCCCGUGCAUCGGCCGCAGACGGCGCCAAAGACCAGACCUUCACCCGCCACCCUUUCCAAGUGGGAGCGCUUUCAGCCUUGCACUGUGACAAAGCUGGUUGGCCAUGUGGGCGUUGCCCCACCAAAGGAGGAGAUGCCAAAGUGCUGGUGGCACGAGCAGCCGCUCCGGAAAGACAGCGACAAGCGAAGGCCUCCAUCUGGGCGAUCUGCUCGCUGACGCUUGUUCAUCGCUUGAGAUUUCACGAGCGCAGAGUCUUUCGGGGUUCACAGUGUACAUAGUUGGAGGUGUCGCCGUUCCCGUUUGGGCAUUGCGGCCUGUGGUCAGACACCUCACGUUCGGACACCUCAAACACUGGGGAAGUCUGCGACGUUUUGCAGUGCUCAAAGCCCCGCAUAGUGAAAAAGGGUCAAUCUUAUUGUUUGUGAAGAGUCGG